GCAACGCCGCGUGCACACAUGUCACGCACGGAUUGACUGACAUUCCCAGGUAGUUCCAGAGUUCUAGCAACUUGAACAGCACCCUCCAUUCCAUGACCGCGAACAUUUCUGCACUCUAAGUGAAAUCUUAAGAAAAGAAUACUUAAACAUCCAGCCUUACAGCCCGAAAUCGAAUGACAUCGACAUACACUCAAUCAACUCAGCAUGAGUGAAGCGAUCGCAGCUUUGGGUUUGGCGGCCAAUGUGCUGCAAGUGUUGGACUAUGGUCGACAAUUUGUGGUUGCUGCAUGGAUCAUUCACGAUUCACGUGGUGACGAUCUGGAAAAUGUCUCAAGCCUGAAGACUGUUUCCCAGAAUUUGAGCAAUGUAAUCAAACAACUGAAACCCACUCCGCGCCAUCGAGAAUCCGAGUUAGACAAGGAGAUGUCCAGCCUUGUGGCAGAGGGACACGAUCUGUCCAUGCAAAUCCUCGCGCUGUUGAAGAAAGCCGGGUUCCAGGACGACGGAAAACGCACUAAGAUGGGGACGAUCAAAGCUGCAUUCUUUAACGUAUUCAAAAGCGAACAGCUUCGAUCCAUGGAAUCCAGGUUGGAUCGCAUCCAGAGCCGCUUGACUCUCACUCUGGUUGCGUCUUUCAGGGAAUAUACGAUGUCUUCACUUGAGGAACAACGCCAUCUCUUGCGAUUGCUGUCUGCAGACGCGAGCGAACUACUGGAAGAAAGGUCUGAAGAAAUGCCGACCGAUGCAAGCACUGUGGCAAUGGGGACCAAAGCUGUCAAGUAUCUAUCUAACAAGGCCGCCUCAUCCCCAACAUUGAUGAAAACCGUCAUGAUGGACAUGGUCAACGUCAUAUUCGACAACGACGAGUUGGUUGCAGAUCAUCGUGCGAGGAGAGCGUCUAAAUUUGAGCUCAGCAACCAGAAGCUGAGGGUUCUCCACGAGAAAUUCCUCACUAAGCUCCAGUACGAUGGUAUCUACCAUCGGGAAGAUACGGUUCCUGUUGCGCACCAGAAAACAUUUCAUUGGAUUUUUGAGAGAGCAGAAGACCAAACGCUUCCAUGGGCAGACUUCUGUCGAUUUCUGGAAUCCGAAGAGCACCAGCAAUAUUGGAUCACUGGGAAGCCUGGGGCAGGAAAAUCGACCCUAAUGAAAUUCAUCACACAACCAGUUUCGGAUCCAUCAUCGGCAUCUCAUAAAGCUAUCGAAAAUGGUAUUAUUAACCUUCGGUGCACAGAAUAUUUGAAAACAUGGGCAGGUGACCGUCCCCUGUCUGUUGCAUGCUUCUACUUCUGGGCAGCAGGUUCAGAUAUCCAGACUUCAAAGGAGGGCUUGUUUCGAACGCUUCUGCACCAGCUUCUCUCGGCUAACAAGGAGAUCAUCUCGGAGAUCUCGCCGGACCGGUGGGAAUCACUUUGUAUUUUCGACAGUGAUCCUAAACCGAUACUUGAAACCGAGUUACGAACUCUCAUGUCUCGCACCGUUCAACGGCUAUGUUCCACUAGUAAAGUUUGCCUCUUUCUAGACGGUCUGGACGAGUUUACAGGAAGCCACGAAGACCUGGUCAAUUACUUUCAAAGUCUCUUGUGCUACGACUCUCUCAAGAUAUGCUUCGCCAGUCGCCCGUGGGUAGUCUUUGAGGAAGCAUUCAAAGAGCAGCCCCACCUGAUGCUCCAGCAUCUAACGCGCAAUGAUCGAAAAGCCUAUGUUACAUCCCAUUUUCAGGAUAACAAUGGAUUUAGACGGCUUCAGGGGCUAGAGCCUAUGUUUGCUAAUAGCCUCUUGGAGACAAUCGUGGAGAAGUCCCAGGGCGUAUUUCUGUGGGUCAGCCUGGUUGUUGAUUCGUUGCUUGAUGGUAUGCGAGAUGCCGAUCGUGUUAGCGACUUACAGAAGAGAUUAGAUGAGACACCACGGGAUCUUGAAGAGCUCUUCCAAAGGAUGCUGGAAGACCUAGGUCCCAAGCACGUGGCACACAUCGCGCAAUAUUUUCAGAUCAUGGCGGCAUGUCCUCGGCCCCUCCCUGCUAUCCUUCUGUUCUUUGCAGACGAGGAAGAGGAUGACUUUUCCAUCAAACUUCCGGUACAACGUUACGACUGGUCGGAGUUCAAUGCCCGUGUUGACGAGAUGCGUGUACGACUGAAUAGCUGUGGCAAGGGCCUCUUGGAGCUGAACGAAUCACAAGACGACAAAGCAACCACAUAUGACAAGAAACGGGUGACGACUGUCACUUAUUUGCAUCGAACAUUGAAGGAUUUCCUUGAGCAGCCAGGUCCACGAGAAACAAUCUCAAAGGUGACCAGUCCCUCUUUUGAUGCUCGUUUUAGGCUGAGCUCAGGUUACUUGGCUCUUUACAAGACUUGUCAUCAUCAUAUUCCCGGGCAAAGAUUAAGUGACGCUUCAUGCGCGGCAGUGCUACAUUGUUUAGGGCAAAUGUCCUCCUCGUCCACCGAGGCUGGAUCGCGGAUGCUUCCGAUCUUGGAGAACUUUGAACGGAUACUGAGUUCUCGCCUUGAAUCGUAUGCCAAUAUUGGUGUACUCCUUCGCCAACUUACAAAGGUUCUCGAGAGUGAGGGGGCACAAGUUCCUCCAACAUCACUGAUACCGACUCGAUUCAGAAACACCACCAGCAGUACGUUUCCCAGCAUAGCCGCCUUCCUCACCGCUGCCAUAUACUGCCAGGCUACGCCGUAUAUCAUGACGAAAGUGAAGAGUGGCUUCGAUGUAGGCUUCGCCGAUUCGACCCCUCUUUCCUCAAAAGCCAUCAGCAUUCCAUCCCAGGCGAAAAAAGAGUCCAGUAUUUCUCGAGCUCUGGGAUCCAUGCUCGGUAACAGUUCAAGCAAGAAGAAAGAGCAAGCACAGCUGGACCAAGUCCCAUCGAUCGAAGAUUGGCUUCUCUACAAUGUCAUCAUGUUCGCAACGACUGGAGUCUCGGUAUCAAUCCCUCUGAUCGAAAGCUUGUUGAACAGGGGAGCCCGACCAGAUUUCAGCUUUCAGAUAUGUCCGGCUGGGAUCGAGCGCGAUUGCAGUACUUGGCAGCUAGUCCUGGCAGAAUCAGUGAACGUAUUUGCAGGCAAUUAUACAGGCUUGACACCCUUCAAAUUCUGGGAAGAGGUUAUUACCAUCAUGCUUGCGUGGAAUGUAUCUCUGGAUAAGAGGACUGUGGCCGGCUCACUGGACGUUCUGAGGGAGCACAGGAAGCUAGAGCCCCGGGAACUGGACAGGAAGCAGAUGACUGAACAAGUCUUGAAGGCUCUUAGGACCAUGCGUAAAGGACACGAUUCUAUCGCUUCUAUAGGUUACACGCUGAGGAGAGUAUGAACACGAGGCAGUCUCGAUUGAUGGGCAAACAUCUCGCCACAUGGUUUACAAAUCACCCAUGGGUCUUAGAGAAUAUCUCACGUCAUAGAAAAUUUCAUUCUUUCUGAC